CACAGAAGCAAAGGGGUGACGGAUAACAGGAGCCUCAGGAUAUGGUGAUUCUUCUGGCUUGCUUGGAAGGCCUCCUCCCUCCCUCUCCCUCUCCCUCCCUGUGCAAUUUGCACCCCACAAUAGCGUCGCUUGAGUCGUACUGCGACUGGAAAUCGGUCGCUUGAAUGCGUCUGAGAGGCUUUGGGAAUUCGGUGGCCGCCUAGCCGAGGAGAGAGGAUCGCAGCCAUGGCAGGAGCUGUGCUCGCCUACUCUUCUUCCGUCUCAGCUCAUCGCCUCCUACAGACUCCGGACACCGGUUGGCAGAAUGAGAUGCCUACACAUCCCUUGGGGUUGGGAUUAUCGUCCCAGGAUUUUAGGAAACGAAGUAUCAAGAGGAUCGUGUCCCGAGCAUUGCCAAGCUGGAAGUAUCAAGCCGGUAAGGAAAGCGUUGCUCUACAAAAGAUCAACGUUGAAUGUCAACCUUACGGAACUCCUCUUCACCGAAGAAAUUUUGGGGCUAGAUUUAGUGUUCAGCGGCCAUUUACAUGCAGGAGUCAGAACCCCCGAGGUGCUGACAACACAGACUUAGGCAACCUCCCAGACUCAAAGAACGUGAAUAAAGAAGUCGAAAGCAAUGGGCUGCCAGAGAAGAUGGCCCCUAACUUGGCGGGCGCUGCAGCAACAAAUGGAGCAACCGUUUCAGUGAAUGGCAGCACCGGUAUCCCUGAGGAGGAGGACGCCACAGCGAGUCUCACCUGGUGGGACAGCAUUCCUCGGCGUUACAUUAUCGUGGGGCUGUGUUUUGUUGCCUUCCUUCUUUGCAAUAUGGACAGGGUUAACAUGAGUAUCGCCAUCUUGCCAAUGUCAGCGGAUUUUCAGUGGAGCCCCACAACCGUCGGCUUGGUCCAAUCGUCUUUUUUCUGGGGUUACCUUCUAACUCAGAUUGCCGGAGGAAUUUGGGCAGAUCGCAUAGGUGGGAAGCAAGUCCUGGGCUUUGGUGUCAUAUGGUGGUCGGCUGCAACCAUGCUUACACCAAUUGCUGCUAAACUUGGGCUUCCUGCUCUUCUUUUCGUUCGAGCCUGCAUGGGUGUUGGAGAGGGUGUUGCGAUGCCUGCAAUGAAUAAUUUGCUCUCACGCUGGGUGCCUGUUAAGGAGAGGAGCAGAUCGUUAGCUUUAGUGUACAGUGGUAUGUACUUGGGAUCGGUAACUGGACUGGCAUUUUCUCCUGGUCUGAUCCACCGGUUUAAUUGGCCGUCAGUUUUCUUUUCCUUUGGAUCACUGGGAGCAUUUUGGUUUGCUACCUGGCAGCAAUUGGCUUACAGCUCUCCUGCGGAUGACCCGAAAAUAUCGGAAGAGGAGAAGAAAUUAAUUAUGGGGGACACCGAACCUCAAGCUCCUGUUGACAACAUUCCAUGGAAACUAUUAUUGUCCAAAGCUCCUGUGUGGGCGCUUAUUAUAUGCCACUUCUGUCAUAAUUGGGGAACAUUUAUCCUCCUUACUUGGAUGCCCACAUACUACAACCAGGUACUAGGUUUUAACCUGAUGGAGUCGGGACUUUUCUCGGUAUUGCCGUGGCUUACCAUGGCCAUAUCUUCUAACGUUGGAGGAUGGAUUGCUGAUACACUCGUUAGUCGCGGCGUUUCUGUAGGUCUAGUUCGAAAGAUCAUGCAAAGUAUUGGAUUCCUUGGCCCUGCGUUUUUCCUUUCGCAGCUCAGCCAUGUCAAAUCACCUGCAAUGGCUGUUGCUUGCAUGAUGUGCUCACAGGGUUUCGACGCAUUCUCGCAAUCAGGCUUGUAUUCUAACCACCAAGAUAUCGGACCACGAUACUCAGGUGUGUUGCUGGGUAUGUCAAACACAGCAGGAGUUCUUGCUGGAGUCCUUGGUACGGCAGCGACUGGUUACAUUCUACAGAACGGAUCCUGGGACGACGUCUUCAAAGUUGCAGUGGCUCUUUACUUGAUUGGGACCGUCAUCUGGAACGUAUUUUCAUCUGGGGAGAAAAUCUUUGAUUAAGCCUGAUGAGGGAUCUCAAAUCUACGACCGCUUCAAGAAUAUGUUACAUUUAUUUAAGAAACUGGAUGUUGAAUUUUGACCGCGUCACUUGUAAUACUACUGCCAGCAAUUGUGGAUCACUCUUUGGGCGCUUCUAUGGACUUGUAGACUCGAUUUUGAUUUUUAAAAGAAAAAAGAAAAAAGAAAAAAGAAAAAAAAUUGCUUGGAGAAGUUCCAUUUUGUGUAUUUCUAUUGAUGUACUACUUAGAUGUGGGAACUGGUGUACACUGGAUGUUUGAUUGUCCAACCAGCGAAAUCAAACCUUGUUUAGAGUUCUUUAGAUGGAUAGGAAUGUUGGAGAGCAGUUAACAAUUCAAAAACAUCAUUUGAGUCAACAUGGUUAGGGUUGUCAAUUGACUGGUGCAUUGCAAUUGGCAAGCUUCCAAUUCCGGAUAGCAGCUUACAUUUGCUUUAAUUGCAGAUACACUUUUUCGCAGA